AAAAAAAGAAAGAAAGAAAAAGGUUACUAAAUGUAACUCGCAGGCCGUCCCAUGUCGAUUACACCUCGUGUCCAAUAUCAUUCAUUAGCCCAGCUGUGUUGACCGUUAGCAUAUCACUCUCAACCUCCAUAUCAUUGACCAAUAACCACUAAUUUCCACCACCACCAGCGCCAUCGUCUUUUUCAUUUCUCACGAUCUCACAUCGAUUUCAUGAUCAAAUUCUUCCUUCCUUGAGCUCCCAUUGUUUAUACAUAAUAAUCUGACCUAAAAUCAUCCAAUCAAAACUCACCAGCUGGAAUUCAAUUACAUGUAAUAAUAUUAAGAAAUGGAAUCAACAGUUAUAGACGGUCCGGAAGACCACCGACAUCACUCUCAUAUUGUUGAAUUAGUAGCCUCCUCUAAUGAACCUUCCGAUUCAGCUUCAGACGACCAGAUUACACCUCUUUUAUCACAAUCAUCAGAUAUUAAUAAUAAUAAUAUUAAGCCUCCUCCUAAAAUCAACAUUUUCACCGUUUCUUACCCUAGGCGUAAAGCUAACAAGGAACAAAUUGCGAGACUAGUUGAAGCGGAGAUAUCGCCGUUUACGCUGUUUGUUAUGUGGUUAUGGAGUGGAUCUGCUAGGUAUUCCGGUUUGUUAUGCAUGGUUUUGUCGGCUUCGAUUUACUGUGUUAUGGAAGUUAUUAUGGACGUCGCCUCAGCUCAAGCCAUUCCCCUAUUUGAGAUAGCAUUUACAAGAUGUGUAGUUAUCUCCAUAUUAUCAUUUAUGUGGUUAAGAAGAAGUGGAGAACCGCUAUUUGGGACUGCAAAUGUCAGGAACCUCCUAGUUUCAAGGGCUCUUUCAGGAUGUGUAUCUUUGUUAACUUUCAUUUACUGUAUUCAGAGAUUACCUAUGUCUCAAGCUAUGAUAUUGAGCUUUACAACUCCAAUAAUGGCUUCAGUUGCAGCAAGGUUCAUAUUGCAUGAGAAUUUGAAAAUAGCAGACAUAGCAGGUAUUGCUAUCAGUUUCUUUGGGGUGCUCUUUAUUCUUGGAUCGCCUACCAGCAUAGAAGGGGUAUCAGCAGCUAAAGGUUCAGGUGUUCAUGGAGCAGGCCAUGUUUUUGCUGUUUUGAUUGGUUUAGUGUCAUCAUUGGCUGGUGGAGUGAGUUACUGCCUUGUAAGGGCUGGAGCAAAGGCCUCUGACCAACCUGUAGGUACUAUAUUAUCAUUUGGACUAUUGGCUACUCCUGCUACUGCAGUAUGCAUGAUCAUCACUGAAGACUUUGUGCUGCCUAGCUUCUAUUCUUUCAUUCUUAUGAUUUUUCUCAGCAUGUUGGCCUUUUUUGCUGAGUUAUUUCUGGCACGUGGACUUCAGCUUGAGAAAACUAGCAAAGUUGCAAAUAUUCAGUAUCUGGAGGUUGCUUUAUUUCAAUUAUGGGGCAUGGGAUCAUUGCGAGUAGUGUUGUCAUUUGGUAAACUUGUUGGAUGCUUUCUUAUAUUAGUUUCUGCUUGUUGUACCGUAUAUUUCGGACCAGAAAAAGAAAUUGAGUAAGAUAUGCUUCCCUUUUCAUGUGCUACAAAAGGUUAUUCCUCCACCCAUUUUUGUUUCCCCAUUCCAACUUGUAGUUUUGUAACACUUUACUGAUAGAAAUCCAUAUCAUAAUCAAGUAUAUAGAAACCAAAUUGGUUCA